UGUUGCGGCGCCUCCGAAAGACAUUAAGGAGCCUGAGGAGAAGAUACGGAAGGUGAGUGAGUUCCGACAGAGAUUCCUGAGCAUGCAGCUAGCACAAGACACUGAACCCGACGGUGUGGAACUUGAAGUAGAAAUCUCCUGUGAACAGGCAAAUAACACUGAUAAACUUAAACAGGUACAAGUAUGUGGAAGCCCCGUAGACCUUAAUGCUAAAGAAACAGUCAACGUGGAAGGUACCAACGUGGACCCCCAGCAAGCGACAGAAAGCCAACACUUAACGAUAGACUUAAAAGAUGGAAACUCACUAAAAGCUUUUGUUAGCUCUAGCAAGACUGCCUUGCUGAAUGCCGUAGCUUCCACCUAUGCCUUUGCCAGAUGUGAUGAUGUAGAUAAACCACAUGCAUUAGCCAAAGCUUAUGCUGUAACCAAACAUGAAACCGAACCCAAAUCUGAUGCUUUAAUGAGAAAUGACAGCCAAGUGGCAUUUGAUAAACACUUCGCAAGUACAGUAUACACGCUGCCAUGGUGGUUCAUAUACGUGACAUGGACCGUACUUGCCUUCUACAACCUGUUCCUCGCCUACUAUGUCAUCUUGUAUGGUUUAAGUCUGGGCUAUGAAAGGAGCGUUGACUGGGCCCUGGCAUUCUUCACGGGAUUUUUUUCGAGCGUGUUUUUUAUUGAGCCAGCAAAUGUGAUCUUUAUGGUGUUUAUAUUAGUGCUUGUAUUUCACCAAGCACACACUAUCAAGGAUCAUGCUCCAGUGAAGCGGCUGUAUGAAGGGAUCAAGCUGGUACAAGAAAAAAGCAAAUUCAAUCGGGAAUUCAGAAGCCUGUUACCUGAAGUUCGCUGCAGACCUCCACUACGUACAGCAGAGGCUGCGCUUGUCAUUGAAAGACAUGCCAUUGAAAAAGCAGCCAGAGAGAUUCUCAGAGAUUUGCUAUUCUACACCCUGUUUAUGUUAUCCGUGAUCCUGGUUGCCUAUGGACAUAUAGAUGUCCAGAGUCAGUUUCUACAGACCCAGUAUGUGAAACACAAGUUUCUCAAAACGCCAUUUUUGAAAACUGACUUGAGCAAG